AUGUUUGAAGAAAUGGUUACCAAAAAGCACCAGAAGUUAAAUAGAAUGGGGAAUUAGAACUAUCAUGAUACAGAACUGCUUAUAAAUCCCUUCUUUCACAAGCAGAAAAUAGUAUUAAGGCAUUUUAGGAGGUCUUAUUACAAUAUAUUCAAGGUCUUAAUGAUUUAAGAAUAAAGAGCAUAAUGUAAUUCAGCAAUCAAUGAAAAUUAAAAGUUAGAAGAUUUAUCAUAAAGCGAAUUAGAGAAGUUAUUAUUAAUAUUAGAAGGGAAAAUAUUAAUAGAUUAAAAUUCUUUUAAGAAUUCUUAUUUGGCGAAAUUAGAAAAAGUUUUGAAAUAAUUAGAGUAAAGAUAAUUUCUUAAAAGAAAAUUUUUCAUAUAUAAUAGGGAACUAUAUCAAUAUUGA